CUCGCUAUUCUUGUGCAUCAUCCUCCUGAGAGCGGUGGAAGGUCCAAGCUAUCGGGACAGCCGUCGUGCCGGACAGUGAUCACGUGAAAGUCUGUUUGCACGUUGUGGAAAUAAUUAUCCUGCAGUUCUACUCUUCAGAAGGCAGAUAUAACUUUCACUGAGAUGUUUGGAAAAACGGCGCUUGUAUUCACAACUGUCCUGUGUUUUGUGGCCUUCGGUGAAUCAACGGAUGUUAUUGAAUGCAAAAAUGGUAGGAAUCUCGACAAUAUCAAGUCCAUCACAAUAACCAACUGUGAAGAGCCACCAUGUGAAUUAAAACGUGGUACGAGGGUAGAACUUGUGCAGAAGUUUGUACCAAACGAAGAUGUUGAUAGGCUCACCACAUCUGUCUCCGCAACAAUACUCGGCGUACGUCUACCGUUCAUCGGAGUCGAUGGCAGUGACGCAUGCCAGAAUGUUUACGAUGCGGACGGAAAAGUUGGAUGUCCACUGAAAGCAGGCACUGAGUAUUAUUACAAAAAUGGAUUUCCUGUUCUGGAAAUUUACCCUAAGGUAAAACUGGUUGUUUCCUGGGCACUGUUGGGAAGCAGCAACCCAAUUACAUGCUUCGAAAUUCCAUCGAAAAUCACUAGUUAAAGAUUACAAUUCAUUUGUUACAUACCUCUCCCUCUUUGCUUAAGUACGGUUAUGUUGAUAAAUUAAACAAUAAAACCUUUUUUUACUCUUAAUUCAUGAA